AUACCCUAUGCUACUGAACAGAUUUGCCGCGAUACAAACUAGCUUCUCACUAGCUUUAAACCUACGAAAAGAUGCACCAUAACGAGAUUAAAAUAAGAAAACAACCAUCCCGAAGUCUGGAAAAACUUUACUCAACUGUGCUCAAACUUUAAUAGACUAAAAGCCAAACCACUUACCUACAGUUUGAGUGUGUUAGCAUUGUUUUAUCUCAACACUAUUGCCAUUGGACGCUUCUUUUUCUUCUUUUGGAACAGUCUAAUCUGAUGAAUUCACCGAAAAAAGACGGAGAUGAUGAUGUGCCCGUUAAAGACCCGGUAAAAUACGGAGAAUUGGUCAUUUUGGGGUACAAUGGCUCUCUGCCAAGUGGAGACCGAGGUCGCAGAAAGAGCCGCUUCGCUCUUUACCGACGGGCCAAAGCCAACGGUGUCAAACCCAGUGCUGUGCACAUCCUCAACACACCGCAAGAUAGCAAGGCAGUGCACAGCAGGGGGCAGCACAGCAUCUCUUUCACUCUGUCCCGUAACCAAACUGUGGUGGUGGAGUACUGCCAUGACAACAGCACAGACAUGUUCCAGAUCGGGCGCUCCACAGAAAGUCCCAUUGACUUUGUGGUGACAGACACCUCUGGAGGGGGAAAGGAAGGGGAGGACCCCUCCAUUGCUCCCAGUACCAUAUCCCGUUUUGCAUGCAGAGUGGUGUGUGAACGCAAUCCACCCUACACUGCACGCAUCUAUGCUGCAGGUUUUGACUCUUCCAAAAAUAUCUUCCUAGGGGAGAAAGCAACCAAAUGGAAAAACCCUGAUGGGCACAUGGAUGGCCUGACCACCAAUGGGGUGCUAGUGAUGCACCCAGAGGGUUUCCCAGAAGACCCCAAACAGGGUCUGUGGAGGGAGAUCUCUGUGUGUGGAGAUGUUUAUGCCCUGCGGGAAACACGCUCUGGACCCAGCAGGGGAAAGCUGGCAGAGGGAGAAAGCAGCGCACUGCGCGAUGGUUCCCUGGUGGAUCUCUGUGGUGCGACCCUAUUGUGGCGCACAGGGGAAGGGCUCAUGCGCGCCCCCACUUUGCGUCACCUGGAGGCACUUCGUCAGGAGCUUAACGCAUCGCGGCCCCAGUGUCCUGUAGGCCUCAGCACACUGGCCUUCCCCAGCCUGCCACGCAGCCACAGCCUUGAAGAUCGUCAGCCCUGGGUCUACCUCGCCUGCGGCCAUGUUCAUGGACGCCACGACUGGGGCCAAAGAUCUGAAGGAGUGGAGGAUCCAGGAGAGGGCGAAGGAUCUACAACCCGUCGAGAAUGUCCCUUGUGCAGGAGCGUAGGUCCCUAUGUGCCCCUGUGGCUGGGCUCUGAGCCUGCUGUGUAUGUGGACGCAGGAGCUCCUACUCACGCUUUCGUGCCGUGUGGCCAUGUUUGCUCAGAGAGGACAGCAAGGUAUUGGGCGGAGACUCCUCUCCCUCACGGGACGCACGCCUUCAGACCUAUCUGCCCCUUCUGCUCCACUGCCCUCAGCACCCCUGGCUGGACACGGCUCAUCUUCCAGGGCCCCAUCGACUAGUCGCUACUUCUCAGCAACCACUAUCACAUUAACAGGAAGCUAACCCGGGCUUCAUUUAUGUUGCAAACAUUGAUGAAGGAAAGGUAAUUAAUUUGGAGUGCUUAACUUAUUCUACAUGUACUACAACACUCUCCAAAGUUGUGUUACUGAAUGUAGUUCAGUUCUGAAGACUCCCCCCUUUUGUUUAUCCUUCAGUGCUUCAAGAUCAGGAAGUCGCUUGAAAACAGACAUGACAGGGUAAUCACUGCUGUCAUGUCGAGAGCACUUCCUCUAAAUUCUAAGGGAUGUCUCAUCCUCUGUCAUGCAUGAGCCUGGCAUAAUUUUUAUGCCAGCUGAUUUUAAUGAUUGCCCAUCCUUCAACUUGACACCUCUGAGAGGCAACACUGCACAUAAACAGGGGCUAAAAUGAUGCUGCUCGACCCCUUUCAGACAAGCAAAACCACACCAAUAUAACCGUAUAUUUUAUCAGGUCUAAACACAAUUUUUGUCCUUUUUAUUGACAUAGUAUAAAAUAAGUAUUUUUGCACAUACAAAAUGAAUGGCCUUAACUCUCAGUUUGACAGCAUUUAUUGCAAGCAUGUGUUCUCUUUCACUUUUCAACCUGAUGUCUUACAACUCCAGCAUCAUUUCAAGAAGUGCUACAGCUGAAUGUCCUCUUUUUUGUUUCCUGUGUUGGUCGCAGCAGCUUUGAUCAGAAACAUCUGGUUUAAAUUUAAUCAAAAGCAUAUUGUACUCUUAGCGUCUUUAUAAAAAUGCAUUUUGAGUUUUCCUUGAUGAACUAACAGCUGAUUGACUUUAUAGCUGUUUCUCAAUCAUCUGCUGGCUUACCCUAUACAAGGUGGGUUUAGGGGCUUGUUCUUCCAUGCAGCAUUUCAAAUUCCUAGUGAAGCAUGAAGGCAAUUUUUAAGUAUAUGCAGUUCUCACCUUUUGUCUAAACAUAUCCUUUUGUUAUGAAGUCUAUGCAAGGAUAUCCCAUAACAACACACCAUGUGUUGUAUUUAGUUGGAAAGAAUAUAUGUCCAACUCUUUUGAUUACCCUGAGUAAUCAAAGGAGAGUUACAUACAGGAAAUUGAACCCUAACUGAGAAGCAAAAUAAGGAUAAACAAAGGCAGGGAAUGAAACUGGGUAAACUCCUUCACAACUCUCGAAAGCAAUAAUAGCACUCGCAUAGAUAAGCUAAAUGUUGUGCUAUGUUUGGCCUAGUGUUUGUCCUUCAAACAUGGGUGAAAUGGUUUCCAGGUUAAGGGCUCAACCAGAGGGGUGUUCAAAUUUGUCACUCGAUUAUUUAAUGAGUGCUGUAAUCAAAGCACUUGAAUUAAAAGAUGAGCAACCAAAUCAGCGACUAAAUAUUAAUUUAUCAUGCUGACAGAAACCUUUGCGAGUAGACUCAGACCAUUCUGCAUUGCUUCUGUUAUUAGAUUGAACAAACUUCUGGUUAAUGAAUUACUCUAAACAGGGUCUGUGUUAAUGUGAUGGAGUGACAGUAGAUUCAAAUCUUGUAUAACCUCAAAAAGAAAUGUUCUCUCUGUUUCAAAGAAAACUAUUUUGUUAGGAAAUGGGUAGGGGUUCAUUUGGGGAAAUGAGAGAUGGGGUGUGGGAUUCUUUUAGAUGUUCGAUGUUUAAAAAAACAAAAACAAUAGCUAUUUUUAUAACGACAGUUGGUUUUAGUUAACUGUCCUUACUCAGUGUAAACGAGUUCUGUAUGUGUCCAGUUCUAACUGUGUGGUAGUUGUAGGAGAGCCUGUGAGUGAGAAAACAUUGCCAACACUGUGUCCACUUACACACUGCUACCAUAAAACAUUGCCCAGACAAUGAAUGUAGCCAACUACUCGGGCUAUAUUUAGCCUUUGCUGGUGCUCAUAUGGAAUGGUCUAUAUUGUGAUACUAUUUUUGUAACUAAAUAUUAUGGUGUAGCUUGGUGAACUAGCUUGAAAAAGUGUGGUCCUUUCAAUAAUAGCCUCAAGUAUGGAAGAAAAGACAUAAAUGUGUCUAGCUUGCAUGUGCUGAACAUACACAUACAGUAUGUACACUAAAUGUACACUUAUUUGAAAACUUUGCACGGUGGAUUGCCAACUUAUUCAUGCUGAGAGCAUUUGUCACAGAUCAAGUUGUCUUCCGAGUCCUCAGUUGUUUCUGUUUUUUUUUUCUUUUUGAAAGAGGGGAAAAAAACAGAGCCUAAAAAUAAUCCUCAUACUUGAUAGAUCUUUGUAAAGAGACCUCUCACAUCCCACUUUGUACAACUAUGCGAAUAAUUUCCACUAAACUAAUUCACUGCAGAAAGCGUCUCUAAGUUGGCAUUUGUUUACAUUUUCAAUUCAAAUCCAUCCUGGAGCUUUUUAAGCUCAUGAAAGCAAGCAUACUUUCUCAUUUAAAGUUUAAAUGCAAGAUUUGUUGUGUGGUGGAUAAGUGAUGUAGUGAUGAUAUUUGCUGUAGCUCAGGAUUGGUGAUCUCAGAUUCAUGACUGGCAUGGCCUAAAGGAAGCCUGUCAGAAGAUACAUAGAGCCAGAACGAUUCCAAAGUGCAAAACACACACAGGACAUACAGUGUGAGAGUAUCCACAUCUAAUGUCCAAAUUACAAAAGGCAUGAUCAGUGGUGUAGUGGUGCCUCGAGCAGCCUGUCCAGCGAAGAUAAACUUAUGAUUUCUAUGACAUCUCAGAUGAUUUACAUAAUUAGGUACUUAAUUUACCCUAAAAUGGAACAGUAGUUUUUGCACGUUGACACUUAACCUCUGCUGCUUGACUUCAGGGAAUAAGAAACAUUAUGAAACUAGCAUAGCAACAGAAGUGCUGCAGAUUUUUUCCAUCAUUACUGACCCAAAGACUACAGGAUAGGAGGAGUACUUAAUUACUGUAUGCAUUUUAAGUCUGUCUUCCCUCAGCCACCCACACCUAAAAAAAAAAAUUCACAACUAUUCCCACCAUUUUCUCCCUGUGAUCGGCUUGCUCUAGCUGACCGUUGUGCCUAAACCUAACCGGUCCAUCCAAUGAGGGCAACAAGGACCAGCCAAUCAUGAUGAGAAGGCUGGGUUAUUCCUGUGCCAUCCUUGUUUUAAAAAAAAGCUCACAGCUGAAUGUACUGCACAUCAGAGAGCAUUUUAGAAGUAGUUAUAUUCAACGUUGAAUGAAAUACAGGUUUCAAUACAACAUACCUGCAUAUACCCCUGCACUACACCACUGGGCAUGAUCCCCACAGGUCAGUCAUAUACGGGUUUUCAUAAAUCUAAAACGGGCUCCAACAGGCAAUUAAAACAUCUUUUAUCAGCUGCCCUUUGUAAAUCAUGCCAAAUCCAGUAAAUUCUGCUUUUGAGUAUAUAAAUAUGUCUAUAUACAACAGUACCACUAUUGGCAUGUGGAUGGAUGAAACGUCGCAGCACCCUCAUUUGUUUUUGUAUCGUCACUCUUGGCUUUGCUUUCCUCUUCUUUUGAACCCUUUCUGGGUUGUAGGUGUUCAUAUGUGGUUUGAUUUAUUUGUACUUUAGAUUUCAGUUAUGUUGAAAAGGUCAGUAACAGUAUUUUAGCACAGUAUAAGUUAUUUGAUUUCACCUGUAGCAUAAACAUUUUUUCAAUAUUAAUUUUUACUAUAUUUCUCAAAUGACCAUUUCAGAUGGCAAAACCUCAGUCUCCUCAACUUACAGUAUAAACUCACUUUAUUAUAGGUGAGUGCGUAGCUGACAUGUAUACUACAGCGUACAAACCUCACAAUUAACAAUGCAUUCCUUUAUAUCUGUUAUGUACAGUUAUUUUGUAUUAUUUUAUAACAUAUUCUUCUGUAAUUGUCCGGUGCACAGACAAUCGCUAUACACGUGUCAAUAAACCAGU